AUGCUUUCAUUCGUCUUGGUCCUCUUGGCCUCGGUCGGCUUGAGUAGAGCCGUCCUGUCUGCACCUCGUGAUCGUCUAGAUCAUGAUCACUGUACAGCUACUGCUGUUGAUUGUGCCGCUACCGCUGAUGGUGGGUGCAUCGCUGCCACAAGCGCUGAUGGAAGUCCUCUCGACUUCCGAAUGGUUUAUGUUCCUCCGAAGACUUAUGGACCUGGUGAGAAGAGGGCUGUCUACAAACAGUUUCAAAACUACCCGAGAAUUGUUGAUGCCUCUCGAGCCCCGAGUUAUGCUCCCACCUCUCCCGACCAAAAGCCCAGUGUACCUAUCGGGUACAUUGACAUGCCGGAAGGGACGACUUACGGGUAUUGGGAUGCCGCUUAUGGUGUUAUGAAUGAAGCCGGUUUAUCGAUGGGUGAGAGCAGCUGCAGUGGACGUUUGAGUUCUGUUCCGAAGGGAGACGGCCCGAACGGUAGCGGCGCCUUGUUCUGGGUGGGUGAAUUGUCUGAUAUCGCCCUCGAGGUCUGCUCCACUGCUAGAUGUGCCAUACAGACAAUGGGUAAGCUCGCUGAGGAGCAUGGCUUCUACGGUUCUAUUGGCGUUAAAGAGGCUGGCGAGGCAUUAACAAUCGCCGAUGGUACCGAGGUAUGGGUAUUCCAUAUUCUACCUGAUGAUACCGCUGAAGGUGCAGUGUGGGCUGCUGAAAGAGUCCCCAAAGGCCAUGCUACCAUCGUCCCGAAUGUCUUUGUUAUUCGAGAGAUCGAUCCAAGUGAUGGUGACAACUUUAUGUUCUCUGACACAUCUUCGAUAUCGCUUUGA